AUGGCUCAGACCGCGAAUAUGGAAGACCUUGUUCGUCGACUUUUACCUCCUUUGGCUAAUCUGCACCCACCGACCACACCUCCAAGUGGACCUGACGCAACUUUAGUCAAUGUUGCAAAUUCAAUAUCUCGUUUACCUCCACAUUUGUUCAGGGGCCUGGCUGCCGUAUUAGAGGAAUCGUCUAUCUGCCCUCUGGAUGACACUACAGACGAGAAAAUCAGGAUUGAUUGUGCAGGCAACCUGGACUCGCGACUUGAGCUUAUUGGCAGUCGAAACGCGAAUGUACUACAAGCUAUCAGUAUACCAGAAAUACGUCUGGAGGCCAACGUUCAUGAUUCGGAGAUUUUAUCAGAAAAGGCUGGUUCCUUUUCAUUUCGCAGGCCCGGAGCUCCUGCAUCGCUACCAUCUGGAAAAGUAUUGAACGGAACUCACGCAAAACCUCAUGCAAAACACAUUUCUGCUUUGCAUCGUCUCCUAUACCUGCACUCAUGUCUCAACCCUGCCAACCAAUCACCUCAUAUACCGUCUAUACUUGUACCAUUGUACUCGGUGCUCCUGCAGGAGGCUGAACUGGAAGACGUGGCACAUGCGGAAGCCGACACAUUCUGGCUAUUCGAAGCUGUUAUAGGAGAAGUUUCUGAGUUGGAAGAUGAAGAAGGUGCGAAAGUGUGGAUGAAAAAAAUUAGUGAAAGAUUGGUACUUGUUGAUCCAGAACUGGCGGCGGAUUUGCAUGCCAAGGGUCUUGAUCCUGCCCUUCCUCAUUAUUCAUACCAUUGGUUAGCAUGUCUUCUAACGCAGACAUUGCCUCUAUCCUCAGUGCUUCCUAUAUGGGAUGCUCUAUUUUCUUUGCCCACCAUGACGCGCGACGCGAAUCCGAAACUAGAGUUCCUGGUUGACAUGUGCACAAGCUUGCUCAUCCGGGCAAGAGCUCCCUUAUUACGACUUGGGAAGCCAGCUGUUAAUAGUCACGACCUUUGGGCUGCCGAGUAUUCUAGACGUCCCCCUUCACCAUUACGUCCGUGGGAACUUAGUGAUGCCUUCCUUCAAGGGAUGACUAUACUCAAGCUUUACCCCAUCGAAGCUGCUGGUGGUAUAGAUGGGGUUCUUCGGGCGGCAUCUGAUUUGGCUAGUCGUCGGGAUGAAAAUAGCAGAAAUCAGAAAGUUGAAAAUCUCAGCCUAGGCGCUCGGAUCAAGGAUACUAUGUGGAGAGGGUUCACCAAUCAGGUUACUAUAGUAGUAGACGAAGCAUCUCCGGAGGAAGACGUCGAAGAGGAUGAAGAAGACACAGAAAGUGAUGAGGAAGAUACUCAUGACGAAGGGAACGAAACAGAAACGCCAUCUGCUCCUGGUCUGACAUCGCGGCUGGCUAAUACAGUAUGGAGAGGAAUUACUAACCAAAGUUCAAUGGAAGCUCCUCCGUCACCAACGGAACCACUUUCACCUGCCUCUUCGCCUCCUCCAUCACUGCCAACCUCUCCUAUUCUUGUUCCUAAUGAAAGUCUUCAACGCAAUCUUUCACCUCAGCCUUCAUCCCCCCUUUGGAGCUACGCAGGAAAAUUGACAGAGUCAGACACCGUCGCCGCCCUCACUAAGGCCAGCACUAACUGGAGAGCGAAAGCCAUGGAUGUGUGGGCUUCUAGAAAAGGAAGUGUUACACCUGUUGGCUUACUGUCACCUGCGAGUACGACGUCAGAACUACCAAGUGCAACAAACAGGUGGAUGUCACAUAGUCAAGAUCGCCUGUCAACCGGUUCUCUCCCGGCCAAUCCGGUCAGUGUCUACUCACCUCCACCACGCCCGAAACAUUUCCGGUCUCCGCGAGAAAGCUUCCUCCCUCAACCGCGCAGGAUGGGCUCUACAGCUCCUUCCAGUCCAGAGCUGUCUACUGUCCCUGAAAACAAUUUCGUACAUAAGACGAAGGCUUCGCUGGCAUCGUUGGCAGGUUUACAGACAUUAGCGCCACCACCACCACCCCCGAAAGCGGGACCUCGCCCACUUUUGUUGAAUUCACAUUCCCUCAUUACUGCCAAAGCCCCAGUCCCUUCGCGGUCGGAAACGAGUACACCAGUCGUCCGCGACCAGUGGUCGGAAGUACUUAAAGCGAAAACGCAUGCCUUACGACAGGGGUCCAUGUCAUCGGUGUCAUCACUAUCGCCUUCAGAACCAUUUGGUAAAGUUCCUUCCAGAGCGGGAGGUGCACGGUCAGACUGGGAUUCAGACGGUGGUCGCAAAGUACCCAUCAAUCGUAAAUCUGUGUCGCCCAUGGCUCCUGUCUUCCGUUUACCACAUGAGCGAUGGAUAUCUCCUAGGUCUUCUGUCUCUGGUGCCUUAUCAGAUGCAGGUAGUCCUUUCCAACGAGCAUCACAUCAGAACAGAUUGGACAGCAUUGAUGCAACGCAGGGAUGGCGGAACGUCGAUAGCUAUGACUCACCUGCGACGGUAUCUUCCCCGCCAGUACCUCCAACGCCUGUCACUAUAGUCACUCACGAGAAUGAUGUCGUUAUUACCAAUGGCGAGCAUCAUCAAGAUCUGGCCUCCUUCAAGCGUGACACCGUUCCACUAUCGCCUGUACAGGCUCGAAGGGCCCGCAAGAAGACGCCGCCUCCAGCGCCGAGAGAGGGUGAUACUUCCGACUCGUCCUCAUUUUCCCAGGUCUCAAAGAGUCCCCGCGUACGCUCAAAGAGAUUCCCGUCUCGGCCUGCCAAUUUGCGAAUACGAGAGAAUUCGCGGCCAAACAUGACGGAACAAAGAUCCCCCAGCUCCCAGUCCUUGGUACCAGUAUGGCCUGAGGACCAUGAUUUAGCUCCAACACCACGGGCAGUUGACUUUGGCUCUGGUGAACCUUCAUCUGCUUCUCCCACAUCUCCCCGGUCAUUCCGUCGAGUCUCCGCUCGAAAAACGUCAGGAGAUGGGUCUGAAAGCCGAUCAGCUGAUGGACAAGGGGUACGUUUGCGCAAAGUAUCUACAGACGGUGCUACACCAAGAGUCCGAAAGGUAUCAACCGGGAGUAGAGAGGUGAGACGAUCUAGGGAUAGUGCUGCCGAGGAAGGUGACGACGAAGGAUACGACGAUUUGCUUAGCGCCUAUGAAAGCGAGGAGAGCGGCAAGAAACUUGCUGUCUCAUGUUCUGAAAACGGAAAAACUAACGAGACCGAUGAAGAUGAUAUUCUCUGAGCAAUUUUUACACAUCGUAGUAGUAAUAUAGAUCCUAGCCCAGAUGUAACGCUAAUGCUAUUCAUGCCUGUUUUGAUGUCAUCCACAA